AUUUCUUUACAGUGCUCGACUCCGUCGUAGUGACAGCGUUUUAUAUCACCGCGAGAACGUUUUCGUUUUAUGUAAAAAUUGUAUAUUAAGUUUCAUAUAUAUAUAUUAUUAUAUCCGUGUGGCACGUUAUUGGUGGCCGACGAAUGUUAAAAUAUGUGCGUGCAAUGCCAAAAAAUGCCUCCUGUGUGACGUGUAUUAACGCAGCAAUGUCCUUAUUACCAUCUGGUGUCAACAAGAAAUAAACGUGGAUUAUGCAAGUUGGAAUGAGAUGUGGCCGAGUGUUAGUCAAUAAGACUAUGAGGGUUGUAAAAUAAUGCAGUGGCUGCACAAAAUAUUGACGCUGGCAAUCAUUUGCGCAGCUGUGGACGCCUCGGGAUGCCCCGCGACGUGCUACUGCUUGAGCGAGCACCUGCAAUGCAUCUACACUGCCGUCCCAGACCACAAACUAACCAAAGAAGUCUUAGCCGACUAUGGACGAUAUCUUCAAGACUUAAUUUGGACUGACUCGAACAUAACCUCCAUAGAUAUUGAUGUAUUCAAAGGGCUACACCGUAUUCAAAACAUCGAUUUAAGCGGAAACGAAAUUAAGAGAACCGAGCAGGGACUGUUUGCAAGACUGAGCCGAUUAAAAUAUUUAAAUCUGUCCAGGAACCACAUUGAUGAUAUACCGAGAUUCACAUUCACCGAUCUAGAGAACCUAGAGUUGUUAGACGUGUCUCACAAUAAUCUACAAGUUUUACCAUUCCAGGUGUUCGGGCAGAUGACUAAAUUACAGUACUUGGAUAUAUCUCAUAAUAAAAUUGCUACUUUCUUAGAUUACUAUUUUAAGCCCAACCGCCAACUGAAAUCACUGUUCCUAAACAAUAAUAGCCUAGUCAAAAUUACUUCAAACGCUCUAGUCAACCUCAAGGAAUUGGAGACUCUCGAUAUAUCUAGCAACAAAUUAGACCAUAUACAUAAAUCUCUAUUCGAUAGCUUAGAACAGCUGAGAGAACUCUACAUGAGCUACAACAAUUUCCAAAACAUAUCACACGAAGCAUUUAAAAAUCUCAAAAAAUUAAAAUUGCUUGAUAUAGGCGGUAAUAGACUGAAAGUGAUGCCCUCUAUGCUCUUCCAACAUAACGAAAACUUGAUAACAAUCUACCUCGAUCACACAGAAAUAGUUGUAUUACAGAACACUAAUUUUAAAGGAUUACACAAUCUGCAGCGACUGUACAUAAGAAACAACACCGCGUUGCGAGAAAUAGAGCCUUUCGUGUUCCUAGAUACGCCUGAACUUACUCAUUUGGAUAUAAGUGCGAAUGCAUUGACAUAUUUGCCCCAGUCUUUGCAGGAUCUAGAUAAUUUAGAAGAAUUGAAAAUAGGCGCAAACCCCUGGUCUUGUGACUGCAGAAUGGCCUGGUUCGUUAGCUGGGUGGAAAAGCGAAAGGAUAUCGUGAAAUCAGAUUUAAGUUGUCGACUAACCUAUCCAAAUGAUAUGUUAACUAUCUUGAACAAUGCUAAUUGUAAGGCUCCUGUUUUAAUAAAUAGCAGUCCUUUAAGUUUACACAGGCUGCAAACCGAUGCACGGCUUCAUUGUAUAUUCGAUGGGAAUCCAUUGCCUUCCAUAACCUGGAUCACUCCGUCGAGAGACGUGUUUCAUUGGAAUCCCGAGCCUACACAACCGGACAUAUUUCAUAAGCAUGGAAUUGCACACGAUCAGUAUUAUCGUCCUAUAGACUAUAGUAAAUCGAGAGUGAAAGUUGAAAAAGAUGGAUCUCUAUUAAUAACAGACAUUCAUAGACAGGACAGUGGGACUUAUUUAUGCCUAGCUUCAAAUCCUUCGGGUAAUGUGACUGUAGAAGUUGUCCUAAACAUAGACCCAAUAACGAUGUUCGAAAUAAAAAUCUACAGUUUGCUUUGUGGAGCGAUAUGUGCCGCAGCUUUUCUUGGCCUUACACUACUAGUACAGCUCUUACGUCAUAUAUUUGUCAGGUUUCGCCUCUUGGAGACAUGUUGCAGUUGUUGUACAUGCGUUAAUAGGGACGCUCCUCGCUCUAGACAAAUCUACCAUAUGCUCGACAAUAUAGAACAGUACAAAAGGCAACAACUAGAAAAGUUAAGAGAAAACUAUGCAGUUCAGGUUCAUCGGAUCAAAGAGAAUUGCACACAACAAAUGGACUGGAUACAAGGCAGUUAUACAUCGCAGGCAACUCAUUUACGCAAUAUUCGAGAUAUAGGCACAAACCAUUUGACAGCUAUGAAAGAUCAAUACUAUGAUCAGGUAAAACGUGUCCGCGAAUAUUCCACCUCGCAACUGAAUUGGGUGCGUGAGAACUAUGUGUUCCAACGAAACAAAAUACGAAAAUUCAGUGCCCACCAGAUACUAAGAUUGCGCGAAUCUUAUAAAUACCAACAGCAGACGUUGAACAAAGUGUUAGAGAACCUGCCUAGUCUGUACUUCGAGAACUGUCGCAACGGGUCCUGCGGGCGAAGCGACUCGAUGCCCUUCGAUCCGGACGUCGAAGUUAUAGACAUGUACCUCAAAACCAAGAUCGACAAGUUGGCUAAACUACCCAACGUCGAUGACGAGAGCAAGAUAUCGAUAUACUAUACGCCCACGGAACGGUCACUCAACUCGCGCCGAAAUUCUCCUGUAACGAUACCUGACGGGAUUCACAUAAACAUUAUAGAGAGGAGUGGGCCGCCGAAGUUACUAGCUAUGAUUAAACCGUUGCAACCGGCUCCGCCACCAACUGUCGAAAUACACACGCCAGUUUCCGGCUCCCACUCUCCGUCCAGACCAAAGCAGAAGUACAGAGAGGAAGCCAAACCGUCUAGCGAACCUUUACUAGGACAUCGAGAACAGCGUCAGGUUCGACGAAAACUGAACUUAGCUGCGAGUGUUAGUUCACCUGAAUUGUGCCGAGAGAUGGAAAAAGACGAGACGAUAUCGGAAGAUAGAGAAAAAGCUAGGGUGUUAAUUGCGGUGGAGUUGGCGCAGCCGGAAUGCCAAGUGCGGCAUACGGCUGGACAAUUAGUGUGCGGAGAAUGUGCGCGGUUAUGCGAAAAUACGCCUUUGUAGUACAGGCUUCUAACGCGGGUGUUUAAGAUCUACGCGCUCGGACCCGCGCCCGGUAGAACCGAGGACAUACGGCUAUCUGAUUACAAGGAAUCGCCGUCUUAUGUGUAGACGUAUGCGUAUAACUCAUCUUGCCUGAAGGUUUUCGAGUAUCUAACUUAACUUUACGGUCGAGUGUCGGAUCCCGCUUUUACUUGUAAGUAAGCUGUGAUAGUCUAGAUUUGAAUA